CUCUCCCACCUUUUCCUGGUGCUGGAAUUAACUAGUCCCUGGUCAGGUGACUAAGAGUUAAAGGUCUUUAAAUACCCACUCUUUAAGUGGCUGGGGAAAAAGACACAGCAAUAUGGGGCGUUCUGUUCACCAGUUCAAGGCGCUGUUCUGGAAGAACUGGCUCUGCCGGCUGAGACAACCGGUGCUGUCUCUCUCUGAAGUACUCUGGCCAUGCAUACUGUUCCUUAUUCUGGCUGCAAUUCGCAUCCAACAACCUUCAAAAUACAAGGAAAACUGUUAUUUAGAAGCCCGGGAUUUGCCAAGUCGGGGCCUUUAUCCUUUUGUUCAGAGUCUCUUCUGUAAUGUUGGCUCAAGGUGCAAAAACAGCAGUUACACAUCUCAGAAACACCACAGUUUCCGCGCUUCCAGUUUCCAAGGUGGUCAGGACAGCAUGAUGGGAACUGACCUGACAUUCCUGAAAGAGAUACAAGACCUUGCAAAAGGGAUUUCAGAGACCUCUAAGAAAGCUAUUGCUUUACAAAAGCUGUGGGAGGAAGAAUCAAAGUUCUCAGGGUCCACCAACAGUUCCAUUUUCUUAACCAUGGACUGGAAUGAAACGGAGGGGAUGAUUUCUGUAGUCGAAAGCCUCCACAACCAACCCUAUUUCUGGGACUUUCUGCAUUCACUCCCAUGGCUGCAGGCAAGCAGCCUUUACAAAGAAGGUGGGAUAGGUGCUACAGCUCAGUUUCUGCAGACUGUUAAAAAUUCCUUAGCAUCCUUAGAAGAUUUAGAUGCAGUUCUAUCAAACCAAAGUUUCUACAAAACAGUGAAAAUAGGACUGAAUAUAACCAUCACAGCACUGCGCUUCUUGCAAGACUGGAGCCUUGAAGGUUCUCUGUACAACCUGACCUUUUGGGAUAUUGUGUGGGAUCCACGUGCAGUCAAAGAGGAACUUGAAUCCAGAUUUGGUUUCGAUGAUCUUCAUAUUGAAAAACUCUUGAACUAUACGGCAGAGUUAAAUAAGAUUCCCACAGAAGGCACACUGGAGCAGUUUGUGUGCUCAGUCCUGUCCAAUGUGUCAGAAUUUAAAGUUAACAAAGAGGAUAAAGAAGGAGGCUGUAUCCCUGCAUGGCUUGAGGCCAAAGUCUAUCUUGUCCAUUCUGUCAACAAGAUCAAACUCUACAUGCAGAUAUUUCAGCAGUGGUUAAGCAGCAGCGAGUCUCAAAAAUUCCUUUUUGAACUUGGAAGAAGCAUGGCUGAUCUUGUAUCUCAAUAUCCAGAGGACAGUGAGGCCUGGAAAAUUUUUUCAGGAAUAAAUAUCCUGAUCCAACAUGUGAAUGAGAAAUUGGAACCAAACUUUGCAGAAAGACAUCAUGAAUCUCCGGAUGUAAACCUGUAUCUGGAGAAACUGCAGACUGUGAUUCAGAGGUUGCCUCAAUGGCCUAUUAUGAAGAGCCUGCUUCUGGUAGAUGGAGCUAUAAGGAAUGUAAUAAUCCAAAAAUUAUAUUUCACUAAAGAAAUUGUACAUAACCUGGAAAAAAUGACACCCUUUAUUAAAAGAGAUGGGCUCAUGCAUCUAGACAUUGGAGCACUCUUUUUGGAGUUAAAACAGAUCUUGAUGAGUAACAUGUCCUGUACAUGCCAGGAUCUGUUCACCAUGUUUGAGAAGGCAGUUCAGCUUCCACAGGACUUAAAAGUCAGAGAAAUUUUAGCGGGAUUUGUGUGCCAGCAGAACUAUCCAAAUGAGACUUUCGAGUUAAGCAACCAAAUCCAGUCAAUAAAGGAGUCUGUCCUACUUUUGCAGAAAGUACUUCGUGGAGAACAGAGCCUGCCAGAUUCAAUGAUGGAAGAAUAUUUGGGAUGGCAAGAAAUAGAACAGCAGCUCACUGAAAAUAGUGCUGCAUUCUGUAAAAUUAAUCAGUUGCUGAGCACAAAGACACCAUCUGGGGAGGAUGUCUAUUUCCGCUCUUGUCAGGAGCAGCUACUCCUCUCAUUGGUUAUUCAUACACUUGAAGAAAUAUGGUUUGCUUUUGAGGAAGACCCAUACUGGAAGGACUUAACAACAUUUGUUAGGAGAACAUGUGAGAUAGCUCAAUAUGUGAACAAGGAAGAAAGUUUCACCAGAGGUUAUUCAAAUGAUACUGAAGCAUCUCUCUGUUCUGGAAAACAGCUCAAUCUGAAGGCCAUCACUGAUAGUUACUUAGCAUUUCUGCAAAACUUAUCAAAUUCCCCAUUCAUUUCAUGGUCCAGGAUCUUGACAUCUGUCAAAGAGCUUUUGAAGAGGGAAAAGAACAUAAAGGUUCUUGAGGAGCAGGAGUUGGUCUUCAUUCUACAACUUUCAGAAUUCAUACAAAAAAUGUUGAUGCCUGGUUCUUCAGCCUCCUCAAGCCUCCAAGACUUCCAGUCCAUAAUAGAAAUAGCCUUGACUAAUGCAAUUAUGUGGCUUAACAGUUCUGCCAAUAUGAAGGCAGAUGCUACAGAUGUUCAUAUAUUUUCUGAACUCGAUAAUGAACUACUAGAGAAUUAUCAACUUCUUACAAUGCUCUGGCAGAGUGAGCAGCUGGAAGUAUUUUGGCAAGUAGUAAAAAAGGUCUUGGAUCAACAUGACCAUAGGAUGUUUGGAAGUCCAAUGGAAGCAAUAGAGAUGCUGCAGAUGUUCUUAUCUAAAAUUAGAAUAUCUUUGCUUCAGGAAAAUCAAAACGUCCUUAAUGAAAGUUUGCAAUUCUUCCAGAAAAUCCUUACGGAGUGGCCUGAAUUCACUUUUUUUGACAUAGAUUAUGUAAAUGACUUCAGUGAAAAAUUCAUAAGGAAUCUCUAUGAGGUUGGAGUGUUGACUCAAGAACAUUUCACUGCUGCUCUCAGCACCAUUCAUGCUAUGAGAAAUGUCUCUUCUGUUCUAGUCUCAAAUACAACUUCUGUAUUCAAAGUACAAGACAUAGGGAAAAUUGUGUCUGAUUUCUACCAAAACAUCCCAGAGGUAGGGGACAGUAAUGCAGCCUCACUUAUUCAAAUGCUUUUCUUUGUCCACCAGAACAUUGAUCAGUUAAGUACCCAGAGCAAUAAUUCUGUGCUAACAUUCUUCCAGAAGAUCUCAGAAGACAUUUCAUCUCCUCUAAUUCAACAUGAUUUCCAAAACAUGAGUGAGGUUUUUGACUUUCUGUCUGAAGCUAUACAUCUCCUCCAGGGUCUCACCCAGAAACCUCUCUGUGAAAAGUUAGCAACAGUUUACAACUAUGGAGAGCUCCAGGCCCAGUCUCUAGCACGGAAAGGGAAACAAGAGAUAGAAGUGGUAUACAGUACUCUGGGCAACCUUAAAACUAUAUUUAGAGACACGGAGCUUCAUACAACUGCCUUUCAGUAUUUGAAACAACUUUUUGACAUCUCAGCAGAAAGCUUGUUAAAUAAUGAAUGUGCUGAUUGGUAUACACCUAGCAUUCUUUCUGUGAGGCAAAUAAGAGAUGUUCACAACUCACUUGUACUCCCAUUGGUCAGAGUUCUGUCAAAUACAUCAAACUUCAAAAGUGAGGUAAAUGUGCCUUUUGCCAUGCAUUGCACCACUACCUGGCUUCAGAUGUGGACAGAGAUUUUGGAAGAAAUGUCUGAAAUACUAGGGUUGGAUUUAUAUUUUUUCAGUUAUCUUCAGAAUGGGCUGAACCACCUUUCUGAAGGCCUUGAAAAUAUAACCCAUGCUGAACUGUGCAAUACAACAUUUACAAUCAGUGCUGAAACUACAUCAGCAAUACAUCUACUGAAAAUAAUAACAGAAGCUUAUAACUUAAAUGAAUGGAAAGACUUUGAGACUCUAAGUGGUCUCAUAAGUAAACUUAGCAACAUAAUUAAUGUUAUCAGCUCAAUUAAAAGAGAGAAUUUAGAGGAAGCUUUUCAAACAAUGGAAAAUGCGACUGUCAAAUUGCAGAAAUCUCUAUUGAAGGUUAAUGUUAGCAGGGAGUUUUUGGAUUCCUGGUUUGAUGUUUUCUUUCCAUUGAGUUCUAAAGUGGAAUAUAGAGAUACACAUGUAGAUUUCAAUGGGUAUUCACUUUCAGAUAUUCUAACACUUUCUGCGGAGGAAUUUGGAACUGUUCUCACUGACCUAAGAGAGACUGCUGGAUUCCUUAAAAAUAUAUCCCAAGAUCAAUAUCUAUUGUCUUGUGUGAUCAUUUUCCAGAAUGUUACCAAGUUAGUUUUGGAAGAUAUUUUGAAAGAGAAAAAUGUUUCACAGAUAAGUGUUCUGUCUCAUCUUAAUCCUCUUCUAACCUCGGAUAACACAGUGAAUGUAGUAGAGGGCUGUAAUAGAUGGAUACAUAUUAUCAGUAGCCUCAGUGAGAAAUACAUCACUUACUCCCACCUUGAGAAUGCAAAACAUGUUUUAUUUUUGUUGACAUUUCUGGGAAGCAUUAAUGAGACUGAUACUAGCUUAAAGAAUACCCUGGACAUUGUUAACAUGACUUUUAACCUCAUAGAACCUCCAUGCUUACUCAAUGGUUCUGUUGCACAUUAUGCAGAUGUUUGUUUCAGCAUUCUAGCAAACGUUUUAAAAGUUCUUCCUACAUUUUCUGCAAAAGAUGAUGGACAGACCCAUGACUUUAUCUUUACUGUCUUGAAUGUGUCAAGGGGCCAAAUUCAGUCAAUUGUCAAAGACUUAAUGAGAUUCUCACCAUAUACAUCUGACUCAGAACAGAUGUAUUUCACUAAAUUAAUCACUGGAGCCAUCAAGAAAUCAAGAGAAGUCCUUAAUUUGACUCAGAGUCUCCAGCCUUCUUCAGUAGCACUUUUGAGAGGAAUUCAUUUUUUUCUCAAGAAUAUAACUUCUGAACCCCUACAAAAUAGCUCAUCUCCUCUGGACACUGUAAAUCUUCUAAAUGCAUUUGAAGCUCUUCCACAAGACAAAAAUAUGAGCUUCCUAAAAAAGUGCUUUCAACAUCUGAUUAGUUACAUUAUGUCAAACUUGCCUCACAAUAUGCAAAGUUUGCAAAACGUAACUCUGAAUAGAUGGAUGAAAGCAGCAGACCUCAAUGUGGAACUAGUAAGGAAGGCACUAGACACCUUAAAGUCUUAUAACCUUACCAAUUUUCUGAUACGAUCAGGUGAUAAAGGGUUUCCAAAGCAUAUGGCAACUUUGGUGAAAAACACUGAGAAUGAAGAUCUAGAAUUCUUAAUAGAUCAACUCAAACAAAUCCGAAAAAGCCUGCAUCAUUUCUUUAAAAAGAUCAAAACUGUGUACAUUGAGAAUUCUGUUCUGGACAAGUUGACAGGCUGGUUAGAUUCCUUUGAGAACAAUUCAUGUUCUUGGAACUUGACCAACUUAUGGCAAAUGACUCAAUUAUUUAAAGAGACUGAGCUUGAUGAUAUAUUACAGGUGCUUUACCUCCUUCCUGAUGCUAUCAGUCUUAUACAGCGUUUGGAUCACAAAAACAUCACUGAUACCCUAAUAGAAGUGUACACUUUCACAUCAACUCAGGAAGCAAACAUGUCAAUAUGUACCAAGGAAGAUUUAUCCAAUAAAAUAGAUCGCCUUCUAGAGUUACUGGAGGUAGUAGCUGAUAUGCCUCAGGAAUCUGCAAGGGCUUUGAGUUGUCUGACUGCAGUUAUAUGCUGGAACCUCACCACGGAGACACCUCAGAAUGACUCAGCUUUAAGGACUUGUAACUUAAAUGAACACAGAAAUUUUUUAUCUAUUUACAACACAAUUGCUGAUGUACUUGAGCAGUUCAAGCUGACAACUCCAGGGGGACAUGCCCUAUGCUCUAAUGGAGAUUAUCGGAGGGAGAUCACUUACAAAGCGACUUGCUUCUUUCAUCAGCUCAAAGAGUGGAACUCCAUUCUUCUGAAGCUUUCUGAGAUCCAUAACAUAAAUAGUUUGGCUCUGAAACAGCUACUGGGAUUUUGGAAUAAGCUAUCAGUAUAUGUUAUGGCUUUUGGAAAUAGUAGUACCAUUGCAGUCUAUUGCUCUUCCACACCGAAGAGACAAGCUGCUUUACAGCUCAUAGAAGCAUUAAACAACAUGACAUCAACAGAGAUGGCUAUGGCCAAAGCUAUUUUUGAACAGUUAGCAGAUCUGUGUCAUGCCCUAAACUUGGAUAGAAGCACAGGAAUGUCUAUUCCAAAGACUCUUCUUACUCAUUUAAAAAGCAUGGCCAAUGAAAUAUCUGGAGCACUGAAUAAUGAAGAUGUCCUGUCUUAUUUUCUUUCUGCAGCCCAGCCUCUUCUCACACUGUCUCCUGUUGGAAACCAAACUUACAUGGUGCUUAGAGCAUUAUCAGCUUUGAAUAGAAAUAAUAGCUUGUUUGGUGACUUUGAGGCCCUUUGGCUUGAUAGAGAGAGAGGCAUACAAGAUUUAUUAGUCAAUUUUAGUGUUCCGAACUUACUUUCUGUGAUAGACAAAGAAGUUCAAUUACUAAGUGCAGCAGCCAGAAAAACUUGUUCAUUGGCACUUGCUAGUUUAUUGAAACAGUUUAAUUCAUCAUCUCUAGAAACUCUACUAAGAAGCUUUGAGGACUUUCAAGAAGUUGCAAGAGACUGGCUAUACGAGUACACUAAUAAAAAUUUCUCUAGAAUAAUAAAUGCACUAGUUGUCCUUUUGGCCAAUGAAAAGUCCUCUGAUGACAUAGUUCUGAUUAUCAAAGGUAUCACUGAAUUUUUGGAGCUCUUCAGAAAUGGCUCUAAAGAAGAUCACAUUGAUAUUUCAUUUGUUACUGAUCUUCUUAGUGGGGAAAAGCUGAAUAACGUUCAUGUUGCUCACACGAUUUUACAGAACAGUCUGCUUAACAUGAUCUCUGACCUCACUACUGAAGAAGAGGUACUGAACUUAAAUGAUACAGACCUUCAGAUAAUGGACUUCAUUGAUUUGUUUUUUGAUGAUGCACAAUAUGAAAAUUAUGGAAAACAGAUCGCCUCAUUCCAAAACAGGACAAUGGAGAUGAUAAGAGAAUUUUUACAGAUAAUCUUUCCAUCUUCUGGAGGACAUUAUAGCAACAAAAUGUUUGUCUUAUUAAAAAACUUACAUAAGGAUAUAAUUGCAGAAAUGAGGAUAUUCCCCAAAGAUGAUAUUGGAACUCCACUAAACUUGGAUCAGUAUGUUAAUCUAAAGGAAGAAGUUGAUGGGUUGAAAGAAAAUAUGUAUGACCUAAUCAAGAAUGCAGCCAUAUCUGAAAAUGGGACGUUUCAUUUUGAGAGUGCAAAAGGACUUAAGUUUAUGAGGGAUUUGUUUAAUGUUCUGUUUAAAGAUUUUUCUGUAAAAAAUGGCAGCAGAAGUAACUAUGAACUGUUUACUUUUGUGAAUCAUGUGUUAUUUAAUACAAGUAAUCCUGGUGACUUUGCCCAGCUGAUUAGAGAUCUUUCAAGAACUCUUCAGUUUAUGCGGCAAACUUCUGCAGAAAUGGGAAACCUCAUGAAUUUUUUUAACAACCAUUUCAAGGAUUUCCUAGUUAGCUAUCCUACUUUUCGAGAAAUGGUACUUACUAAUUUAACAGAACUGUUGGCCUCUGUGGAUAAGGUGUUUCCUUUGAAAAAUAAGCAGAUAAUAGAAACUACAGAGACAUUACUUGAUCUCAUCUCGUGGAGCGGUGGAGCUAACUAUACUCGCAACCCCUUUCCAGAGCUUGCUGUUGAUUUGGGCUCAUUGUUGUGGGAAAGCAAUGAAUUUGUAAAGCUAGCAAAAAUAGUAGAAGCCAUUGUUAAGUUUUUGACAUUGUCCAAGAAAGCUUCAGAAAAGGUAGCUAGCUGUUUGGAACUAUCUAUCAACUCAAAUGCUACGGAAAACUUAGACUACAUUGAGAUGGUCUAUUCAGACCUCCAAAGAGCUGUUCAUGAUGCAAUAGAAGAGUUAACUGAAACUGAGACUGCAGAGCUUCUGCUUUCAAACCACCAUCAAGUGGCAGAUUUGGGGAAAGCAUUUCUUGAUUUGACGUACUUGUCUAUUCGAGAUAAGCUUUCCAGAUCAUAUAGCUCUGGAACUGCAAACAUAUCAACCAGAUUGGUCGCAAAUCUGAACAAACUCAGUGGUUUAAAUGAUAUUGCAGGUGAAAUUGCUGAGUUUUUAGCAAAUGGGCAAAAUUAUUCUGCAGAAUUGGAAAGACUUGUUGCAAUUGUUACCAGAGCAAGCAUAAACUCAUCUGAUGAUACUGCCAGUCUAAUAGAAGAUCUUCUUGAUUUUUUUGUACCAAUUAAUGAUAUUAUUAGUAAAAUACAUUUAGCUUCGAGACUAAAUUUUACUCAUGAUCCAAUAAAUGAAGAACAAUGGGAGGGAAUUCAGGAGAUGAUUACUUAUUUGGGCAAAGGAAACAUUACAGCAAUAAAAGCUUCUAUCAGAGCUGUAGCUGAUCUCUUUCUGGGAGCUUUCUGGAAAAAUCACUUAAGUGAACAUGACUUAAAUCUGCUGCUGACUUAUGCAGACAACGAAGAUGACUUUCUUAAAGUUUUAGAAGUCACUAUGGAAUCAUUCAAGUUAAUGAAGAAUGUUUCUGAAGGAAGCUUCAACCUGUGGUCACUUUUUGCCAGCCUUAUGAACCAAAAUAUAACUUACCAGCAGAAGGAACCAUACAUCUGGGAAACAAUUACUGAGGACUCAUUAAAUAGAACUAAUCCUUGGAUAGAGUUGCUGCAUUUAAGUGCUGAUCAGCAAGUGAAUUCCACAAGAGCCUUACUCCAAACAGUUAUGGCGUUCUUUGCUAAUGGAACUUCUGAUGUAGCUGACGUGGCCCAGUUGGAAAACAGCAUACUAAGGAUGAUGCAUGACUUUGACUUGAUUUUCAAACCUUUAUCAUCAUAUGAAAAGUAUGCCAGACAGUUGGUUAACUUGGCUGAGUAUUGGCGACAAGGCCCACUAAAAGAACAAAGAGUCUCUGAGAUGUGCCAGGGUUUCCAGAAGCAUUUAAGCCCUGCUAAUGCCCAACUGCUACAGAAGGUGCAGAUUAUGGCUUUGAGUGUAUUUACAAUCCUUUCAGAUAACCCGACUGUCAUCAGCAACCUUCUCUGUGCUUUUACGAGCUGUAAGGAUGGCCUAACAAGGUGUUUCCUCCUUUCUGCCAUUGAAGGAAUCAAUUUGGUUCAUGAGCAGUAUCAGGAUAUUGAAACAAUGUUGUCAGCUUCCAAUGAAGGGGAGUGUGGGAACCAUUUAUAUGUAAACAGGAACCUGUCCAGUACCUUGGAGAGCUUCCAGAGAGCAUUACAAAAUACCACCUACAGCAGCUGUGAAUGUCAACUCACCUUUGAGAACAUCCAGAAACACAUGCAAACGUUGGCUGGAAACCUAGAGGCACCUUUGUCAGGAAAUCGAGUGGUAGCUUUUGUCAGUAACUUCAGUCUGCCAAAUGAUGUGAAAAUCAAAGACUGUGUGCAUAAUGUUCCUGAGCUGGCUCGGGACCUUCGUUCUUUAGUCAACAUUUCUGAGGAGACUAUCAACACCUUCUUGGAAGCCAAUUUCUCACAGUCCAAGUUACUCUACAGUGCCCUUGCAGUAGCUUUAGCUGGAAGAUGUGACGAAGAAAUUCUUAGUCUCUUGCUGACACUUCCUGCAAAUGGCAAAAUUUCUCUGGCAGUGAAGGAACUUUGUUCUCUCCCAGCGCUGGACUUGUACACCAUGAUUACAGUGAUUGCCCAGAACUUAAACUUGCGUUAUAUCAUUUACAAGAUCAUGAUACCUUCUGAGGUCAACAAGUUACUGAGUGCAAUAUUGGAAGUGGUCACUAGCAUCAGCUCCCUUUCAAAUAAAGGCCAACAUGUCCUUGAAAAUCUUCCCAUGUUCCUCCAAGCAUUCAAAAGCAUUGAUCUGCUUGACAUCUCAGCAUUUCAACAGUUCUUACAGGGUGGGAAAUCUAGAAGUUCCAUUGUUGGAUCCCUUCAGUCUUUAAUAAGGGCAGUCUGUAAAGAAGAAUCCUCUUUCUUCAGCAACACCAACAUGUUCAUUGACAUGCCCAGGAUCACUGAGCUCUUGGAAGAUGAUAUGGCAAAAUACAGCAUUCCCGAAGACUCAACUCCAUUUUGCUUGCAGCUUUAUCAGGAAAUUUUACAGUCACCUAAUGGGGCUUUGGUGUGGACCUUCCUGAAGCCCCUGUUACAUGGGAAGAUACUGUACACCCCCAACAGCAAAACGUUUAACAUGGUGAUAGAAAAGGCUAAUCACACAUUUGGUUUUGUGGACAACCUGAAGAUUUAUUCUGAGGCAUGGCUAAGGAUGUCUGAGGUUUUUAAGAGCAGUGAAAACUUCCUCAUGGUCAAUCAGCUGCAGGAAGCUCUCCAAAACAGUUUUAUAAAGAACUUCAUAGAAAGUCACUUGAAUAUUGAUGUGGGGAAUCUCAUUGGAAAGCUGCAAGAGUAUGAGUCUAUGAUGGAGAAAAUGCUUCACAACUCGGUGACUGAGCAGAUUAACCUAUUGGCACAGCUCAUGGUAAAUAUCUCCUCCUGUGUGUUACUGGAUCGCUUCCAGCAUUUUGAAUCUGUGGAGAAAUUGGAGGCGAAGGCACAAGAGCUCAUGCAACAAAAUAAUUUCUUGGCAAGUAUUAUAUUCAACACCUCAAGUAACAGGAGACGCAGACAAGAUUCUGCUAGCCACCUCUCACAACACAUUUCAUAUACAAUUAGAACUAGCAUUCUGUACAGCAUGAGAACAGAUCUGAUAAAAAACCCAGUGUGGAAAUCCCAUCCACCAAACCUGCCAGGUGAUGGGUUCAGAUACAAUUACAUCUUUGUUCCACUUCAAGACAUGAUUGAAAAAGCCAUCAUUGCAGUACACGCUGGAGCAGAUGCCUCUGAGGCAGAAAUACAAGUACAAGCUAUGCCAUAUCCAUGCCACAUCAGUGACCUGUUCUUGAACAAUAUUGGUUUCUUUUUUCCAUUCAUAAUGAUGCUAGCAUGGAUGGUAUCUGUUGCUGGCAUGGUCCGAAAACGGGUUUAUGAGAGGGAGAUUCAUCUUGAAGAGUAUAUGAAGACGAUGGGUGUGAAUCCUGCCAUUCACUUCCUAGCUUGGUUUCUGGAGAAUGUCAUUGUGCUCACUAUAAGCAGUUGUGCUCUGGUCAUCAUUUUAAAAGUGAGCGGCAUCAUUGUGUACAGCGAUGGCUUCCUAGUCUUCCUCUUCCUCCUCGACUUUGGAGUUGCGGUUGUGAUGCUAAGCUACCUCCUGGGUGCAUUUUUUAGCAGUGCCAAUACAGCGGCUCUCUGUGCCAGCCUUAUAUAUGUGAUCAGCUUUUUACCUUACAUAGUUUUGUUGGUCCUGGAGAACCAACUUAGCUUUGCCCUCCAGAUCAUUACAUGCUUUCUGUCUACAACUGCCUUUGGGCAAGGAGUAUUUUUCAUUACAUUCUUUGAAAGCCAAGAAAUAGGAAUUCAGUGGAGUAACAUGUACCAGCCCCUGGCACAAGGAGGAUCCAUGACCUUUGGAUGGGCUAGCUGGAUGAUUUUCUUUGAUUCAAUUCUAUAUUUAUUAGUUGGCUGGUAUUUCAGCAAUGUAAUUCCUGGAAGACUGGGGUUCAGAAAGCCAUGGUACUUCCCCUUUAAUAUCUCUUACUGGAAGGAGCUGUGUGGUACAGAGAAGAGAAGGAAACAUCUAAAUUCCAAUCUGGUUUUCGUCAAUGAAGGUUCUCUGCCCCCAGAUGAGAGACGCAUGAGUGAAGGAGGAAGCCCAAUAGGAGUUAUUCUGAUGUCACUCACCAAAAAAUACACAGACAACAAAAAGACUGCAGUUAAAGAUCUCAACCUCAUUUUCUACAAGGGUCAAAUCACAGCUCUCUUGGGUGCCAAUGGAGCUGGCAAGACUACAAUAAUAUCAAUGUUGACAGGCCUGUACCCGCCCAGCUCUGGGACCAUCAUCAUCAAUGGAAGGGAUAUACAUACUGAGCUGGCUGCUAUCAGAAUGGAGAUGGGUGUUUGCCCACAGUAUGAUGUGCUGUUUGACACCUUAACUGUGCGAGAGCAUCUGCUGUUCUAUGGCUCAGUGAAAGCACCUCUAUGGACAAAGAAACAGUUACAUCAGCAAGUCAGUAGAGCCCUGGAAGAUGUGGAUUUAUCCCACCAUCAGUUCAAACAUGUUGGAGCCCUGUCUGGGGGAAUGAAAAGGAGGCUCUCAAUUGCUAUUUCCUUUAUUGGAAACUCAAAGACAGUUGUUCUAGAUGAGCCCACCAGUGGUGUGGAUCCAUGUUCACGUCGGAGAAUCUGGGAUAUUCUGUUGAAGUACAGAGCUGGUUGCACCUUGAUCUUCACCACUCACCAUCUUGAUGAGGCAGAAGUGCUCAGUGAUCGCAUUGCCAUCUUGCAGCAGGGGCAGCUGAGAUGCUGUGGUCCUCCCUCUUAUCUGAAGGAAACAUAUGGCCAGGGAUACCGUCUAACACUCAUAAAAAAGCCCUCUGCAUUUGAAAUCGAGGAUCCUGAGUACAUCAGUCAAGUCACAUCUCUGGUACAGUUCUAUGUACCAGAAGCGUUCCUAAAAGAGAACAGUGGGAGUGAGCUGACCUAUGUGAUUCCAAUGAAGGCAGAUAAGGCCUUCUUUAAUGGCCUCUUUCAGGCUAUGGAUGAAAACCUUGAACGUCUACAUGUGACUGGCUAUGGUAUUUCAGAUACCACCUUGGAAGAGGUAUUUUUGAAGCUGCUGCAGUACACAGAGCAGAAGCCACAAGUUCCCCUGGCAGAGGAGUUGGGGCUCCCCCACAUUAACAGCCCUGAAUCAACCUACCAAAACUGUAGCUCACUCCUGGAUGCCCGGAGUGUGCGUGGAACAAGGCUUGUUCUCACACAGAUUGCUGCCCUUUUAAUGAAGCGGUUUCACCACACCAGGCGAGACUGGAGAGGAGCUCUGUCAAAUGUUCUGCUCCCUGUCCUCUUUGUCGCCAUGGCAAUGGCGUUGUUUACUGUGAAGCCAUUAGCUAUUGAUUAUCCUUCACUCAAGCUGAUGCCAGGCCUUUAUGACAACGCAGAAUCCUCCUUCUUUAGCACUGAAAGUGAUGAUCUAGGAAACCUUUCUUAUGUGCUGUUGAGACAUUUUGCAGGCCAGGAUCACCCAUGCACCUAUUCAAGACAAGAUGUUAGAAAAAAUGAUUCAUGCUGGCAGACUGAGCCUAGUCCACCACAGGAAUUCUUGGAUGCAUGUGGGUGUGUGACAGAUCAUCGGAAGUGUCCAAGCUUCAAUGUGUCUGCUGCCUAUCUGGAGAACAGGAAAGGGCAUGUUCUGUACAACCUCUCGGGUUUCAGUGUGGAAGAAUACUUAAUCAUGUCUACAAACAAAGCAAGAUAUGGAGGCUGGUCUUUUGGUGUGAAAACAUCCCCUGAACUUCAAGACCAGAAACUGAAUAAAACAUACUCUAAGCCUCUGGCUAAGGUGUGGUACAGUCAGAAAGGUUUCCAUUCACUGCCGUCUUACUUAAAUCAACUCAACAAUCUUAUUCUGUGGAUGAAUUUGCCUCCUUCUGUGGACUGGAGACAGUAUGGAAUCACGCUCUAUAGCCAUCCAUAUGGAGGAGCCUUGCUAGAUGAGGACAAAAUAAUGGAGAAUGUUCGUCAGUGUGGAGUGGCGCUGUGUAUCAUGUUGGGUUUCUCUAUUCUUAUGGCAUCCAUUGGAAACUCAGUAGUGAAAGACCGAGUGUCUGGUACAAAACGCCUGCAGCACAUCUCUGGACUUGGCUACAAGACCUAUUGGCUUGCUAACUUCCUGUAUGAUAUGCUCUUCUACCUGGUUCCAGUCGGCCUGUGUAUCAGUGUUAUUGCUGCCUUUCAGUUAUCAGCCUUCACUUUCCGAGAAAACUUGGCAGCCACAGCUCUCCUGCUGAUCCUCUUUGGAUAUGCAACUUUACCAUGGAUGUAUCUGAUGUCCAGAUUCUUUUCAAGUUCAGACAUAGCUUUCAUUUCUUACAUCUCCUUAAACUUUGUGUUUGGCCUUUGUACCAUGCUGUUGACCCUCUUGCCUCAUUUGUUAGCCACGAUUUCCAAAGCACAGAGUUUGCAGAAUAUCUACAACAUCCUCAAGUGGGCCUUUAUCGUUUUCCCACCAUUCUGCUUGGGCCAGGGUUUACUAGAGCUUUCCUACAAUCAGAUCAAGUUUGACCUGACAAGCAGCUUUGGAAUCGAUUCUUAUGUGAGUCCUUUUGAGAUGAAUUUCCUGGGCUGGAUCUUUGUGGAAAUGGCCCUGCAGGGCACAGUUAUUCUCCUUCUGAGGAUUCUGCUGCAUUGGGACCUGCUCCAGAAACUAAGGAGUCACUGUUCCAUCGGCAGCACAGUCAGUCCUUCAGAAGAUGAGGAUGUACAAGUGGAACGAAAGAGGCUCUUUGGUGGAAGAACUCAGAAUGAUAUCCUCCUACUGUACAAUCUCAGGAAAUGUUACCAAGGUUUCAGCAAGAGGAACACUGCUGUGAAAGACAUUAGCUUGGGGAUACCAAGGGGAGAGUGCUUUGGGCUCCUGGGAACAAAUGGUGCUGGGAAAAGUACAACAUUUAAGAUGCUGACUGGAGACAUCACCCCAUCUGGGGGGCGUGCUGUUAUGAGGACUCCUACAGGGUCUGAAAUGGAUAUAUUGUCUGCUAGCUCUGAAGGAAUUUUGAUUGGCUACUGCCCACAGCAAGAUGCCCUGGAUGAACUUCUAACUGGUUGGGAGCAUCUUUAUUAUUACUGCAGCCUGCGUGGGGUUCCAAAACAAUGUAUCCAUAAGGUAGCUGGGGACCUUGUUAGCCGAUUGCACCUUGACACCCAUAUUAACAAACUGGUGAGGACAUAUAGCGGUGGCACAAAGAGGAAGCUUUCAACAGCUUUGGCUUUAAUUGGCAAACCCCAAAUACUUUUACUGGAUGAACCCAGUUCUGGAAUGGAUCCCUGUUCCAAGCGGUACCUCUGGAAAGCCAUCAUGAAGGAAGUUCAGGAUGGCUGUGCUGCUGUGCUCACAUCCCACAGUAUGGAAGAGUGUGAAGCCCUCUGCACUCGGCUUGCUAUUAUGGUCGAUGGCAGUUUCAGGUGUCUUGGUUCUCCCCAGCAUAUUAAAAACAGGUUUGGAGAUGGCUAUUCAGUCAAGGUUUGGCUUAACAAAGAAACAAGUAACCACGGUGCUAUUUUGGACUAUCUUCAGCUACAUUUUCCAGGAACACAGUUUAAGGAACAGCACCUUAAUCUCCAGGAGUAUCGUGUACCAUACGGAUGCGGCCGCUUACCAGAGCUCUUCAAAGUUUUAGAGAACCACAAAGUUCUGCUGCAAAUCAAACAUUAUUCCAUUAAUGAAACCACUUUAGAGCAGGUAUUUAUUAAUUUUGCUACUCAGCAGCAGGAAACGUCUUAUUGUGCACAAGAAUCUUCCACCAAUCAUCAUCACCAUCUGCCAGUCUAGGCUCAGCGCAGUUCACCAUCCAGCAAAACAUUUUACAGUCAAUACAGCUUUUCACCUGGUUACUGCCAAACUGAAAGGGAAGGCAAAAUUUGCAAUUUAUAGACCAAAAAACAGACCUACCAGUUCUUAGUAGAAAGAGUGGUUAUUAUACACACACACGGCCAAAAAAAAUGUACUCUCCUUUACUGAACUGGAAUUUUGUAAUAAAACAGUUGGCCUAAUUAAUGGAAAUCUGUAACACAGUAAAAGGGAUGAUCGUAUAAAGAGUGACAUUUCAGAAGUUUUUUGCUGGAGCGGGUGGGGAGGUAGCCCUCUGUUCAUUUGAUCACAGUCACGUUAAAUAUCCAUAAUUAUUACAUUAGAAGGGAAGCCAACCCAAUGGAUAUUAGGAACAGCCAUGCUAUCAUAUAAUAUUUGUAUUUAAUAACUCAAAUGAGAGCACUUUGACUGCUGCAAUAAUUCCGUUCUGUGUUAUGACAAGCUAAAUUAGCCUUUUUUAUUGUAUAAAAGAAGCACUAUAUUCCAUAAGGGCUUUUUGUCAAAGGGGGUAUUCGUGCGGUUAUAUUAAGUACAUUUAACAAGGUUUCAUGAAUCACACUUGACAAUGAGUUCUCCCUAACACCUGUAGGUUAUUUCUUUAGGGAUUCUAGAGCAUCGUUAAUAAUCUAUUUUGUUAGCUUUUUCAUGUUACUUUUUAACGUUCUAAGAGAAGGUCAAACUGGGUUUGUAGCCCAGGACAUAUUGGAAGUACAUGAGAUAAGUGUACAGGCAUUGAUCAAUAACCUUUUGAGUCUAUUUCAGAUUCUUCAGACAGGGCUGUGCCACAGCCUUCAAUAGGGUCACCAGCCUGUAAAUCUGAGACAGAAAUUAACAUUUAAUGAACAAAACCUCAGCCUCUUUCAUCCAUCCUCAUAUUCUGUGGCUAGAGAAAGAUCAGAACUUCUUGGAGUGGGGGGAAGAGGAGAAGCUCUUAGCUCUUUUUUUAUAAAGAAGCUCUCUGGGAACCCUGUGCCCAGGAGUUGAUAUUGCUUUCAUUUGGGCUCUAUUAUCUGAUAGUUGAAAUUUUGGAACACUGUGAUUUGGUAGAAAGGUAUUUCUGUGGUAUAAUUGAUGUGAAAAUCAAAUUGUACACUUUGAGAUAAAAGGAUCUAAUCAGAGGCUAUCUGUGUUCCUGUGUCCCUGCUUUAAUGCCAUGCUGUAGCAGGAUGUCAUUUUAAAGUGUUAUGCUUGUGCCUUAGGUUUUUCAAGCCGACCCAAAAGGGUUUUUGAUUCUCACAUUGGCAGGUGUAUUUUUGGACCAUGAUGCUUUUGAACGAAUUUAGAACUCAGGGUUCCCACUUUGAAAACUUAUUCUUGCUCUUUUCAAAAUGUUAAAUCCUGAAAACUUAAUUAAAUGUCAGUUUUCUGAGUAAAGUGUGGAAUAUUGUAUUAAUGUAGUGGGUGAAUAAAGUAAAUAAGAUUUA